UGUGACAGACCUGCCAAGGGGGAAUGAACCGCCUAACACAGCGCGCAGCGACGAAGCGGUGGUCCGCUCCACUGCGCAUGACCAAUGCAAGAUACACAUGUGAUGAGUUGACCCCCUUUACAACCAGUCGUAGGGAGAUCCAUGUGUUCUUUACCCACGGAAGGAAGGAGAAUGGCAGCUUAUUAAGCAUUAAAAGAUAUGGAGAAGGGAGAGACAGUUCCAAAAGGGUUCUUUUGGAUGUAGAAAAAUGCAAAGAGGAGAAAAUGAAGAAGAAAAUUCAAAAGUACCUCAUGGGAGGAGUGUUCCUCUCAUCGAUGUGUAUCUGUUUAAUUGAGUUCGAUGUUAUUGGUAGUUUGUAUGGCUACCUCCUGUCCUGUGGAUUGCUGGCAUUUUACACGUUCCAGCUUUACUCAUUCAACUCAGUUAUAUUGAGAGCAGUACUAGAUGUAAAGAACAGGCACCUCCUACUCUACCCAUUCACAGUCAUUAGGAGACAAGGGAUGAAAAAACAGGUCAUUUUAUCCCUGCACGAAAUUGGACUCAUUCGAACACAUGGAAAUUAUAUCAAAAUUUAUGUUAAGGGGGAAAGCUUACUCUCUUUUCUCCUUAAAUAUAAUAUGCUUUCGCCG